CACGUGACAUGUGACGCGGACUCCACCACUCAAGGAGGGGAGCUGGAGGAUGGCGAGGAUACAGAGAGAGCUGUGGCUUUAGCCGGCGCUAGUAAACACUGACGCUCCAGUCAGGCCACCACCGUGGGACACCACGUCUCCUGACAGAGACAGAGAACCUAGGUAACCUCAGAGCCCCUGCCCACUGACGGACCGGACCAGCACCACAUCUCCCUGCCACCCUACCACCCUACCCCAGGCCGCUAACAGGACGUUCAGAUCUGAUACAGCAACGGUUGAUCAUUAUCAACUGUAGAGAGGGCUGGCGACGACUCUGGCACCACUUCAGGCACGAGGACAUGGCUUCUAACAGCAUCUUUGAUUCCUUCGGCAACUACGGCCCCACUCUACUGAGAGACCCUAACACCACCAGACGGUUCACACCGCCCUCCACGUCGUUCCCCUGCAGCAAGAUUGGAGACGGCAGCGGGACCAUGGGCACCCCUGGACCACUGAGGACACGACCCGAGGCCAGGAAUGUGGUGGACGUCCUGUCAGACCACGCUGGCGAGCUGGUCCGUACAGACAGCCCAAACUUCCUCUGCUCCGUGCUGCCCUCACACUGGAGGUGCAACAAGACACUCCCCGUGGCUUUCAAGGUUGUUGCACUCGGUGAUGUGCCCGACGGGACUCUGGUCACGGUGAUGGCGGGGAACGACGAGAACUUCUCUGCUGAGCUGAGGAACGCGUCUGCGGUGAUGAAGAACCAGGUCGCCCGCUUCAACGACCUGCGGUUCGUGGGCAGAAGCGGACGAGGAAAGAGCUUCACUCUGACCAUCACAGUCUUCUCUGGUCCCCCUCAGGUGGCCACCUACCACCGUGCCAUUAAAGUGACAGUGGAUGGGCCCAGGGAACCCAGACGUGAGUACUUACAGGGGCACAGGGUGAAGCUGGAGGAUCCCCAGAAGAUGCAGUUCUCUGAUAGGCUGACAGAGAUUGAGCGCUACCAGCGGGCCAGCCUGAGGAUGGGGCCUGGUAACCCCCAGCCCCGGCCCAUGCACCAGAGCCACCUGGGGCCCUCCACCCAGUCCCAGAUACAAGCCCUGUGGUCUGACCAGAUUGACCCACCAGCUCUGAAGACAUGCAAAGUGGAGGACGACCUCAGAUGGUCAAGUCCCACCGCUGAUCUCUUCCCCCAGAGGACCUCCUUCCCCUCUCUGUCCCCGCUGACUGACCCCCGUUUCUCAGACCCACGUAUGCACUACCCAGGGGCAUUCACCUACUCAGCCAACCCCUCCAGCACGGGCAUCGGAGGCCUCAGUGUGACGGGAAUGUCUGCCUCCUCCCGCUACCACACCUACCUGCCCCCGCCCUACCCAGGCAACCAGAACCAGGGAAGCCACUUCCAGUCCAACUCCUCCCCCUACCACCUGUACUAUGGCACCGGGUCCGGCUCCUACCAGUUCUCCAUGGUGGGCCCGGGCGGGACCGGGGGUGAGCGCUCCCCCAGCCGCCUGCUGCCCUGCUCGGGGGCCUCAGCCUCUGGAGUUGGCAACAGCCUGAUAAUCCAGGGCCUGAGCAACCAGAGCGAGGGGGUGGAGGCGGAUGGUAGCCACAGCAACUCCCCUACGACCAUGAGUGGGUCUGGACGCAUGGACGAAUCUGUCUGGAGGCCCUACUGACUGUUAGACAGCUAGAGGAAAUGUAGGACAGAGAAGAGAGAGAGAAAGCAAAAGUAAAGAAGUUAAAUGAACAAAAAAAGAUGAAUCCUUCCCCCCAAAAUAAAUGUUGCAUGUUUGUCUUUUAUUUAUCCCGCACUCGCUUCGUUCCCUUUUCCUAGUUGACCAAAGACAUUCAAUGUCUGUCAGAAUGCCAUGGCCAGAGGUGGCCUUUAUGAAAGCCAUGGGUACACCCUGCACUGUGACAGGGACUAUUCUCUGAGACUCUGAAAGCCAUACAAAUCUCAUUAUUUUCAAUUGAUGAGUAAGAACUGCAAAAUAACUGUAAAUAGAUGUUAUGGUGUUAGAACAAAUAAGCCAUAGUAAUAUACUGUAUCAGGUUCUUCUGAAAAACAGGUACAACAUGCAUACCAUAGACUAUGAAAAGGCAAAACUUUCACAUCCAUUCAUUCUAUGCAGCUGAUGAACGGUAAAAAUGCAAGUGCUAUUGUGGCUAAUCAGCCAACGAGACCAAAACUAUCCUUAUCCCUCAGAUGAGGGAUACCUUUCUUCGCGUUACGAGCUAAACAUCCAGAACAGUGACUGUACUGCCUCAACGGCCUUUGACUGUUAUGUUAAAACAGAAGUCAAACAGGAUGUUUGCUUCACAAGACUCAGAACCUGCCCUAGAUGACUUGUGGCUGUAUUGCUAAUGUAUACAUGUCAAUUGUUCCUGAAGCUUUUAUUUUGUGAGCGGUUUGGAGAUUCAUCCAUCAGUCCAUGAAAGAUCAUCAAGAACAAUCCAUCGUCUCAAAGUAGUUAUGUAUUGCUUGAAAAUUGCAUUUAUUAUCUAUACUAGGAUGGAUCAGUCCUUGGAGGUACAGUAAGCAAUGCUUAUUCAAAAUGAACAACAUACAACAUUAUGUAUUUGAGUGAAACUCCCCUGUAAAGUCGUUAAUGUAUUGAUCAUCUAUGUAGCAGAACAAUAGCUGAUAUUCUGAGGACUGUCCAGAACUUUAGCAGAGAAGAGGGUUUUUUUAAGCAGGAAUUUUAUGGAUUCCUGUCUUUUUAGUUUCUUGGACUGUUGUCUUUAUUUUUACUUAUGGUAGGCCUAUAUAUUUCUUCAUUGUGUCUGCAAACUGUUCUAGUGUAGUAUGUCUGAACUAGAUAAUACAGUUUACUUUUUUUAUAUUUAUUUGAGCCAAAUUUGAGAAAAUGUUCACUUAUGCCCAAAAACAUUUAGCAUUUCUCUCUACCUUUUUUAUAUAAAUAUUUGUUUAUUUGUUGUUUAAUAUAAAAUUUGAAUUUGUGUAAUAUAUUUCUUCUAAAUUAUGAAAAAAAAACUAAACUUUUAAUGUUAUUAUUUUGUAUUUCAAUGUAGCUUCGAUGCACUAAAAACAUUCAUGAUAUUCAACCAUUAGAAGCACAGAUCCCAAAAUUAAAUCCAACGAUCACAUUAUUUAUAAGAUUCCCCCUUAAACAGUCGCCCAAUCACCAACCCCCAGCCUCCUUGAGUUCACAUUUUUUCCACUAUUUUAAAGAAGAAAAUAAAUACUUAAGGCACACAACCCACAUUAUGUGGCUAUGCAGAGGUUGUUUCUUUGUUUAUCAAACAAAGAUACUAACUUGUAUGAAGAAUGACUGAAACCUCAGACUUUGAUUGGCUUAAUCUCAAACCACAUUGGCAUGUCUGAAGUGGCUAACUAAACAUUAGAGAUGGAGUGGGCUGAUUUUCACACACACACACACACACACACACACACACACACACACACACACACACACACACACACACACACACACACACACACACACACACACACACACACACACACACACACACACACACACACACACACACACACACACACACACACACACACAGACACACCUGUGCUUUCUGUGCUACAGGUGUGAUUGUGCACAUUCUCACAGACCCUAUGGCCUUUCCCACCCCAGGGGGACACAGAGAGUAGGGAUGAAGAUAGAGGGGGUUCAAAGUGGGAUCCUCUUACCAACACCAAGGGCAAUCCUAACUAAAAACAAGCCCUUGUUGUGCACAGGUCCCUUUUUUCUGCAUGAGCUGUGAGUCCUUUGAAGCCUUUCUGAACGUGUUUUCUCUCCUUCCUAUUGUAAUUUACUGAUCAUUAGUGCCUGCAGCUCAGGGCACUGCACAGGAUUCAGAUGUCAGGACAGAGCAUCUUUUUUGUAUGAGCUGUGCUGAGCCACUUCAUUCAUUGUGUCAGGUGUGCCAUGUUAAGAAAUGGAGGUGUUUUGGUGAAAAGGAGGAGGAGAGUUGUUGUGUCUUCUUAAGAGCAGAUAUUAUACCAAUUAGGGUUGGUUUAGCGACCCCCAAUCUUUGAGCUCAUACAUUAAAAAACUAAAAAUAUUGCUAGCAUUUGUAGCUCAGAAAAAAGUUAAGCUAACCCUAUUGACAAAUCUACUACCCUAUGCCUUAUUUUAGUUUAAGACAAUCAAUUAUGUAAAGAUGCAUUUCUAACUCUUGGGGAGUAGAGGGAAAGAAUAGCAUGUUCUUAUAAUCACUGUGUUCCUACCCAUCCCUUUGGGUUUGAAGGCCUAACUUUAGAUUGGGCAAAAUUCAUGCAGCUAUGAGAAAUCAAAGAUGUACCUGAUAUCAUAUGGUUAUAUCAAAACCAAAGAAAGGCCUGUAAUAUUGUUACAUUGAGGGUUUGGAUUUGUUGUUUUACACAAAAUGUCUCGGUUGGUUUCCAUUAUCUGUUGAUAAAAUGUCCAUAACUCUUAAGAGUUUGUGUGUAUAUCAUGAGGCAUUUGCAAAACAGGGAGGUCAAAUUGUACAAUUACAUUUUAUUUUAUUUUAUGUUGGAUAGAAAAGCGCAAAGCUUAUGUUUUCUUUAAUGUUUCUUUUAAACAACCUCCUCUUCAUUUUGUUAUACCAUAAUGUUAACUCAUUUUGCUCUAAGCAUGUAUGUCUGAAGCUGAUAUGUUAAUUUAAUUUUCAUCCAUGUAAUAUCCUUAAAGACUCUGUAUUAAGUGCUUGUAAAGUGUGCAGAUAAUGUAGUUUUUAAUCAUUUUAAUUAAAAAACAUCAAUUUCA